AUGGCGCGAUCGGUGGAUCGCAGCUGGUGUGUAGAGCGGUGCAAUGAACGUGGAAUCUGUUUUGAAGUUGCACCUGGCGGCUAUAGGUGCGUCUGCUAUGACCCGGAGGUGGAGUCGACGACUUGUGGAAGUGAAGCGGCAUCGACUAAGCCGGCCGCUGCAACUAUAACGCCUACGUGGGAGCUGAUGGCAGCUGCUCUCUUUGGUUUUAUUGUUUUGCUGGGCGUAUUGGUCGUGAUCUGCGGCCAUUGGAGGCGCCGUUGCCGCACGUGCCUCGACAGAGGACGAUUGAGUAUAUGGCUUCAAGCGGUUCAUGUGGAUGGUGCGAAGGCGACGCCCAUCCCGAACAGUAACGUUCGGACGUUCGAUGUCGACAAUAGGGAAGGGACCCUCAAAUCUAGGACGCCGGCUACGGCUUUGCCGCUGCUGUCCGUCUCGAUGACGAAUGGCAGUCCCAGCCUUGGUGCGACCAGGAUUGGAGCAGUGAACAAAUCCCAGGAAUUUGAUUUCUUUCUGAGCGAAUUCGCAUUUAGAAGCUUUGAGCUUCAUUCCGAUUUGUUCGAUUUUUGUGAGCACCUCAUCUAUAUCGUUGAUGUGUUCAUCGGGGGUUUCGGAGGUGAUUAUUAA